AUGAAACAAAUGAAAUAUAAAGUAGAAGCUUUUAUUGUACCCGUGAGAAAUGAUUAUAACGUUACAUCUAAGGCAAUUGAUGUACAAAUAAUAAAUGAUGUUAAGAAUGUUAGUAUUGAAAAAAGUAAAUCCAAUUAUAUCGAAAAUAAUAAAAAUGAUUCCCUUUCCAUGGAUGAAGAAAGUAUGCAAAACUUAGAAAAUUGUACAGCAAUUGAAAAGAUUGUUAGAAGAACUGAUGUUGACAUAAACAAUUCCAACAAAGAUACAUCCAUUAGUUUUUAUUCCUCUCUUGACAUUUCUAAAAUAAAAUGUGAAGAAUUAUUCAAUGACAAUGAUAAAAGUUCUUUUUCAAGUGUGUCUCACAGGAUUCAUAAUUUAGCCCCUAUUAAAGAAAAAAGUGAAGAUGGUGAAGAUAAAUGUACAGACUUGUGUUAUCAUGGAUGUAAAAAUGGAUGUUCAGCAACUGUGCCAGCACCACAACAAGUUAGUGAAAAAGUAUUUAAAGAAAAUUGGUUACAGAAAUUACAGGAAAUAAAGAGAAGAGAAUUAAAAUUAAGAAAUAAAGAGAUUAUUUUACAAAAUCGUGAAAAAGCAUUGCUUAAGAAAGAAAGAGAAAUAAAAAUCUUAGAAAGUGUUUUAAGAGAUAAAUUGAAACAAAUAGAUUCACAUUUUAAAGAAAACAAACACUUUGAUUUGUUUAAAAUAGACACUCCAGAGACACAAAAAGAUAUUUUAGAACCAUUAAUUUAUGUUGAUCCUAAAGGAAUACAUAAAGAAAAAUCAGAUACAAAUGACAAUCUGAACAGGAAGUUGGAUAAUGUAGAAGUUAAUAAAUUGUAUGUACCUACAGAAAAUAAUCAAGUUUCAUCUCAUAAUCAAACUGAACAACUACAUAAACAUACAAAUGACAUACAAAACUUUAUACAUACAGAUAUACAAUACAAAGAUUUAUAUCAAGAAAAAACAAGUAUUGAGAGUUCUUGCUCUUCUGUUGAUAAUCUACCUGUAGGAAAAAAAAUAAAACAGCGAUCAAAUAUAAGAAAUUCUACAACUUCAAAGACUUUUUAUCUCAAAUCUACUUGUGAUAAUAAUAAUAAAACAAGAAAACCUUGUAAAAUAUACUACGAUGAUUUAGAUACUACAUUAUCUGCUGAUAUUGGAGAUUCAUCAUUUGUACAAACUUCUCAAAAAUUUAAUCCUGAAUUAUAUAAAAGACCUUGUGCAUUUAAAAGAUCAGCUAGUGAACGUCAUGUGAAAUAUAUCAACAAUGAAAACAAUGCAAAUCUUGAAGCUCAACAUGUAAGUAAUCAUAAUGAAGAGUUUCAAACACCAAUUGGAAUAGAACAAGAGAAAGUAUUCAAAAGAGUUACUAAAAACAUUUCUGUUUCACAAGAUAAGGAUACAAAGUUUCAACACUAUGGUCUCAUAGAUCAAAAUGUAGGUACUGUAAAUAAUAUAUGUAAAGUGGAAAAUGAAAAAAGGUAUUCAUAUCUUAAUUUAGAAACAAGCAAUAAAUUGUGCUCUUGUCAAAAAAUUACUAAAGAUCUAAAAAACCGGCCAGUCUCUUGGAAUGAGCAGACAAAUGAAUGGCUUCAAAAGAAACGGAAGGCUUAUAGUAUGACAAUAAAAAAAGUACAUAUAGGCAAUAAAGAAAACAUUGAACUUCAUGCCAAAACUAAUGACAAAUUUGAAAAAGUUGUAAAAAAAAGGGAUAUGAAAAAUAAGCUGCUCACAAUAUUUCGCUAA